AGAGCGGGUUUAAGAUUGGGUGUAUGCAUCUGAUGAACCCCAAAAGACAAAACUCAAAUGAGGCUGCAAAGAGUGACAACAAUGAUGCAAAAGCCAAUAAGGAAUGGCAGUUUCAGCACAAAAGCAAUUCUCCUCGAAUUAAAAAAAAAAAAAAAAAAAUCCCACUCAGAGAAAGCCAAUAACUUAAUGUGUCGCCAGUUCCAAUAUCGCAGCAGCUCCUCUCCGUAUCCUCAGACAUCUCUCUCUCUCUCCCAUGGCCACCGCCGGGCUUCUUCGGUCUCUCCGCCGCCGAGAACUCCACGCAGCUUCUGUCGCUUGGGCGUAUAGAUUCAGUUCUGCUAGCGCCGGCGGGAGGACGACGGAGCUCAGGUUAGACGGAGUCAAAGAUAUAAUCGCCGUUGCGUCUGGUAAAGGCGGAGUAGGAAAGUCUUCGACUGCUGUGAACUUAGCCGUAGCAUUGGCCAACAAAUGUGAACUGAAGAUUGGAUUGCUUGAUGCUGAUGUCUAUGGACCAUCUGUUCCUAUCAUGAUGAAUAUCAGUCAAAAGCCUCAAGUCAACCAAGAUAUGAAGAUGAUUCCUGUGGAGAACUAUGGAGUUAAAUGCAUGUCAAUGGGACUACUUGUAGACAAAGAUGCACCACUUGUGUGGAGAGGUCCUAUGGUAAUGAGUGCUCUUGCUAAGAUGACUAGAGGAGUUGAUUGGGGUGAUCUCGAUGUUCUUGUUGUCGAUAUGCCUCCUGGAACCGGUGAUGCUCAGAUUACCAUAUCCCAAAAUCUUAAACUCUCAGGUGCUGUAAUUGUAUCAACUCCACAAGAUGUUGCGCUCGCUGAUGCUAAUCGAGGGGUCUCCAUGUUUGAUAAAGUUAGAGUACCUAUUUUGGGGCUUGUGGAGAACAUGAGUUGCUUCAUUUGUCCUCACUGUAACGAAGCUUCUUUCAUAUUUGGGAAAGAAGGAGCACGCAGGAUGGCUGCAAAGAAGGGUUUAAAACUCAUCGGUGAGAUUCCACUGGAAAUGAAGAUCAGAGAAGGGUCUGAUGAAGGUGUUCCUGUGGUUGUUUCUUCACCUGGUUCUGUAGUAUCAAAAGCUUAUGAAGAUCUAGCUCAAAACGUGGUGAAUGCAUUGAAGGAGCUACGGGAUAAUCCAGAGAAUGAGAUUCAGAUGAAACUUAAUGUUCCACAUUCUAGCGGAUCAUCAUAUAACAAGCCAUGAGAGCCGCCAGAGGCACAAAACCCAAGUUUGUCUUGCUGAGAAUACAAGAGAAGAAUGUAUCUGCAGAGGACAACAGAAAGAGAGACGCACUCUUUUUGGACAAUGUGAAUCAGCAGAUCAAUUAGAUAGGAAAGUUGAUGAAUCCAAAUAAGAAAUGCAUGUCACAGCAAACAUUCUAUGUUCCGACUUCCGAGUAAGACAUGUUGAGAUGACUUCACAAUGUAUAAGAUGAGAUCACCAAAUUGCAUUUUCAUUAUCUUCUC